AUGGCGAAAUCAAACACGCACAUGUCAGCGACUUUGCUUCUCGUCUUCCUCUCGUUGGGUUUAAGCCAGAGCCAGUCACUUCCAAAAGUAGACCUUGGGUAUCAAAUCCACCAAGCCAUUUCUUACAAUUCUGAAUAUCAAUAUUACAACUUCAGCAACAUCCGAUACGCUCAGGCGCCGGUUGGAGACCUGCGCUUCGCCGCGCCCGUGGCGCCACAGGGUCGGAACGAAGCGGUGCAAAAUGGCAGCGUGGGUGCAAUCUGCCCACAGGCCCAGGCUUCAUGGGUCCCCAUGGCAUAUCAAUACGCCGCUGCUGUCCUGGCCAACCGAUCGUCUUCCUUCAACAUCACGCAAGCUGAGGAGGUCAUUGCACAGACGCCGUUCGAUGAGUUGCCUGUCGGCUCGCCUCGGCUGGGUGAAUUGCCUCCUCGAGAUCCGCGCGAGAGGGAAGACUGCUUGUUCUUGGACGUUAUGGUGCCGAGGUCGGUGUUCGAGAGAGCUGCCAACAAGAGCGCCAACGGUGCCCCUGUUUUGAUCUGGAUAUUCGGUGGCGGCUAUGUCACCGGCUCCAAGUACGAUUUCGACCCCCGAGGUAUGCUGGAGGCUGCCACCAAAGAUGACGGUGAGGGUCUCAUCUACGUCGCCAUGAAUUACCGUGUGGGUGCGUUUGGCUGGCUGGGCGGGCCGACUCUGGAGGCAGCAGGAGGUACACCUAACGCCGGCUUCUUCGACCAACGACUGGCAAUGCAGUGGGUUCAAGAUCAUAUCCAUCUUUUCGGCGGCGACCCAAACAGAGUCACCAUUCAGGGUGAAUCGGCCGGAGGUAAGUGUUGCUCAGUCGUCAACCACCUCCUAGCCUUCGGCGGCGAAAAGAAACCACCUUUCCAGCGCGCGAUUGCCAACUCGGCGGGGAUCAUCCAGUCAUAUUCCAACCAGGUGGUGGAGAACGUGACGCAGAGCUUUCUCUCGUUGUUGAACGUCACGACCAUCGAAGCCGCACGCCACGCCCCGUCGCGCGAUAUCAUCAUGGCCAACGCCCGGCAAGAGCUGGCGUCCGCGUACGGGCUCUUCCUCUACAACCCGGUGCCGGACGGCGUGUUCAUGCGCCAAUUGCCGAGCCUGGCGCUGCUUUCGGGUCAUUUUGCCAAGAAUAUCAGCGUGUUCUACAGCUACACGCAGAAUGAGGGGCUUCUCUUCGUACCGCCGUCUCUGCAGAAGGAAGAAGACGUGACGCCCUGGCUGCGCACCGUGUACCCGACCAUAGUCGACGCCGUCGCCACCCACAUCCAGACCGUCCUGUACCCGCCGGUCUACGACGGCUCGCAGCCCUAUCUCAACCUGCCGCAGCGCAUCGCCCUGAUCAUUCGCGAGAUGGCCGUCAGCUGCAACGCCGACUUCCUGAGGCAGGCCUACCUCACCCGCACGUACACGUACCGCUUCGACGUCGGGCCGUCGCUGCACGGCUCCGACCAGGCGUACGUGUCGUGGGACGGCCGCGCCGGCACCAACGCAUCCCAGUCCUUCUUCGCUCCGCUGGCUCGGCAGGUCCAGAGCUACUUUGUCAACUUCAUCCAGACGGGCAAUCCCAAUGCACAGGGAUUGCCGCCGUUCCCGAUCGAGGGUGCGAAUUCCAGCGCGAAUCGCUUGACCGCGUCGGGGUUUCUCACGCAGCCUGAUCCGGAGAAGAACCCGCGCUGUGCGUGGUGGGCCAAAGCUUUGGCUACUUGA